AUGCAGGCUCCGGUGGUGGUGAUGAACACCAAUGCCGGUGACCGUCAAGUUGGUCGCCGUGCGCAGCUUUCUAACAUUACUGCUGCUAAGACUGUGGCCGAUAUUAUUCGAUCAUGUCUCGGCCCCAAAGCCAUGCUGAAGAUGCUGCUCGACCCAAUGGGCGGUAUCGUUCUCACUAACGAUGGUCACGCUAUCUUGCGAGAGAUCGAGGUGUCACACCCUGCGGCCAAGAGUAUGAUCGAGCUCAGCCGUACUCAGGACGAAGAGGUUGGAGAUGGAACCACAUCAGUCAUUAUCCUGGCUGGUGAGAUGCUUGCUCAGUCCCUUCCUCAACUCGAACGUAACAUUCACCCCGUUGUCAUUAUCUCCGCCUUCAAGCGUGCCCUCGCCGAUGCCCUUCAGAUUAUCGAGGAGGUCUCCAUCCCCGUCGAUGUCACCGAUGAUAAGGCCAUGGCGUCUCUUAUUCACUCCUCCAUCGGUACCAAGUUCGUUUCUCGGUGGUCCGAUCUCAUGUGCAAGCUGGCAUUGAACGCCGUCCGAACAGUUUCCUUCGACAUCGGUGGUGGAAAGCAGGAGGUUGAUAUCAAGCGCUAUGCUCGUAUCGAGAAGAUUCCCGGUGGUCAAAUCGAGGACUCCGAGGUUAUUGAUGGUGUUAUGGUCAACAAGGAUAUCACCCACCCCAAGAUGCGCAGGAGAAUCGAAAACCCUCGUAUUCUUCUGCUUGACUGUCCUCUGGAGUACAAGAAGGGCGAGUCUCAGACAAAUAUCGAGGUCACAAAGGAGGACGACUGGAACCGAAUUCUGCAGAUUGAGGAGGAGCAGGUGAAGCACUUGUGUGACGCUAUCGUGGCGUUCAAGCCUGACAUCGUCAUCACCGAGAAGGGUGUAUCUGAUCUCGCACAGCACUUCUUCAUGAAGGCCAACAUUACCGCCCUCCGCCGUGUCCGCAAGACCGACAACAACCGUAUCGCCCGUGCCACCGGAGCUACUAUUGUCAACCGUGUUGAUGACAUCCAGGAGUCCGACAUCGGUACCCGCUGUGGCCUCUUUGAGAUCGAGAAGAUUGGUGACGAGUACUUCACAUUUAUGCGCAAGUGCCAGUCCCCCAAGGCCUGCACCAUUCUUCUGCGUGGUCCCUCCAAGGAUAUUCUGAACGAGAUCGAGCGUAACCUCCACGAUGCCAUGGGCGUUGCACGUAACGUUAUUUUCCACCCCCGUCUCUCCCCCGGUGGUGGUGCCGUUGAGAUGGCUGUUUCCGUCAAGCUGAGCCAACUGGCUCGUUCCGUCGAGGGUGUGCAGCAAUGGCCCUACAAGGCCGUUGCCGAUGCCAUGGAGGUCAUUCCUCGCACACUUGCCCAGAACGCUGGUGCAAGCCCUAUUCGUGUUCUGACACGUCUGCGUGCUAAGCACGUUGAGGGUCACACCACUUGGGGUCUGGAUGGCGACUCUGGCAACCUGGUUGAUAUGAAGGAGUAUGGCGUUUGGGAGCCUGAGGCUGUCAAGCUUCAGAGUAUCAAGACUGCUGUCGAGUCUGCUUGCUUGCUUCUCCGUGUCGAUGAUAUCUGCAGCGGUAAGUCGGCUGCUCAAGCAGCCGGCGGUGGCGGCGGUGGUGGUGGUGAGGAAUAA